AUGACGGAAAGGAACCUCCCUAUCGUCGCCGUUGCAGGACUCGCAUGCGAGACUUCCACCUUCAGCCCAGGACGAACUCUCGCUCCCGCUUUCAAACCCAAACGUGGGGGUGAGAUUAUAUCACAUUACAGCUCUUUCAUCGGUCCCUCGACACCCUUAGGAAAUAAAGUAGAAUGGAAAGGGGCUCUCAUAGGCCAUGCAUUGCCAGGUGGAAUCGUGACGAAAGAUGCCUUCGAGGAACUCGCGCGUGAAAUCAUAGCUCGACUUCGAGACAUCGUCUCACAGAGUCCGAUUCAAGGACUGUGGUAUGACAUUCAUGGUGCUAUGUGCGUGGAGGGCUUGGAUGAUUGCGAAGCGGAACUUCUGAGGCGGAUCAGAGGAGUGAUUGGGAAGGAUGUGUUGGUUUCUGCGAGUAUGGAUUUGCAUGGGAAUGUUUCGAGAGAGUUGUGCCAUAUGACGGAUCUCAUCACGUGCUAUAGGACGGCGCCGCAUGUCGAUGUUAGGGAAACGAGGGAACGGGCUUGUAGGAAUUUGGUUGAUUUGUUAGAAAGUGAGAAGGGGAGGCCGUUGAAAGCUUGGGUGCCGAUUCCGAUUUUGUUACCGGGAGAACAAACGUCGACGAGGUUAGAGCCGGCUACACAUAUCUAUGCUGCUGUUCCUGAAGUUGAGAAGACAGAUGGCGUGAUCGAUGCCGCGAUAUGGGUUGGCUAUGCGUGGGCAGAUGAACCUCGGAACCGAGCUGUGGUCGUUGUUACAGGAUGGGACAAGAGCGCUGUCUCAGUAGGUGCUGAAAAGCUAGCAAAAAUCUUCUGGGCAGCACACAAAGACUUCAAAUUUGUGGCACCAACCGGUACCUACAAGGAAUGUCUCGACAUAGCACUCGCUUCUAAGGCUCGACCGUACUUCAUAUCAGACUCAGGAGAUAAUCCAACAGCAGGAGGCUGUGGUGAUGUUACCUGGGGACUUACACAUUUACUCGCUCGACCGGAAUUCAAAUCUCCUAGUGGCCCAACGGUGAUAUACGCAUCAGUUCCAGGACCCAAAGCUGUCGAAGCAGCAGUCCAAGCUGGCAUUGGAGCCACAAUCACAGUAACAGCAGGAGCAGAAAUCGACAAUCUGCAUGCAGGUCCCGUCACCAUUACCGGACGCGUACACUCAAUCAAGCACGGCGACAAAGACGCAGUCAUCGAAGUCGUUCUCCAAGUUGGAUCCGUAUUCGCUAUCCUUACCAAGCUUCGAAAACCAUACCACCAUGAGUCUGACUUUACGGAACUGGAUUUGAAGCCGCGGGAGGCGGACAUUGUGAUUGUAAAGAUUGGAUAUCUGGAGCCGGAACUUUUUGACAUGGCGAAAGAUUGGAUGUUAGGACUGACUCCCGGAGGUGUGGAUCAGGAUAUUAAAAGGUUGGGACAUGUGAGAAUCAGGAGGCCAAUGUGGCCGUUUGAUGAGAAGUUUGAGAAGGAGCCGGAUUUAAGAGUGAGGUUCAUCGAAGGGAGUGGUGAAAGUCUGGAGGGGGUUGAUGAGUAG